GCCAGACCCAGGGGAGUGGCUUCAGUUUAAAAAAAAAGAAAAAGAAAGAAAAAGCAUAGCUGUGAAGGAGAAUAGUGAACGCUGUUCAAAAGUUUAUUUCCCCUGCGCGGGUUGUUGUACAGCGAGCCCCCUUCCCACCAUUGGCAUCCUCCUUGGAAGGAUCGAGGCCGACCCCUGCCCAAACAGGACCUUGGAUCGACCUCAGGAGGUAAUGAUCCAGCGUUAGCACUGCAUUGCUCAUGAUGAUGUCCGGACUGCCGGAAGCCUUGAGCCGGCUGAGAGCAAAUUCUCUCCGCAGUUGCUUCAGCCUGGCAGGGCCCUCAGAGUCCACCAUGGUUGCUGUACCCAUUGAUAUCGACAAGGAUGAAGUUCGGAUCCUCAAGGUUUGUUUCCAUAGCAACAGCUUCAACAUGGGCAAGAACUUCAAACUGGUGAAAUGUACAGUCAUGACGGAGAUACGGGAAGUAAUAAAGUCAAUUCUACAGAGUGGAAGAAUUGGUCCUGAUAUACAGCUUGCUGAGUGUUAUGGAUUACGCCUGAAGCAUGUGAAAUCGGACGAGAUCCACUGGCUUCAUCCAGACAUGACAGUUGGUGAAGUCCAGGACAAAUAUGAAUGUUUGCACCUUGAGGCUGAAUGGAGGUAUGACCUCCAGGUCCGCUACCUCCCUGAAGAUUAUAUUGAACGUUUCCAAGAGGACCGGACAACGCUUCUGUACUUCUACCAACAGCUCCGAAGUGAAUACAUGCAACUUUAUGCAAGCAAAGUGAGUGAGGGGAUGGCCCUACAGCUAGGCUGCCUGGAGCUUAGGAGAUUCUACAAGGAUAUGCCCCACAACGCUUUAGACAAGAAGUCCAACUUUGAAUUCCUGGAGAAGGAAGUGGGACUGGACUUGUUCUUUCCUAAGCAGAUGCAAGAAAGCUUGAAGCCAAAGCAGUUCCGCAAGAUGAUUCAGCAGACUUUCCAGCAGUAUGCGCUCUUGAGAGAGGAAGAAUGCAUCAUGAAGUUCCUUGGCACACUCUCCACCUUCGCCAACAUUGAUCAAGAAAGCUAUCGCUGUGAGUUGAUUCAAGGAUGGAAUAUCACUGUGGACCUGGUGAUCGGCCCAAAAGGCAUCCGGCAGAUGACAAGUAAAGAAGCAAAGCCCACUUGCUUGGCUGAAUUCAAGCAGAUCAAAUCCAUAAAAUGUACCACUGUGGAGGAAGGCAGAGCGUUGCUGCAGCUUGGUCUUACUGGGAACCCCCAGUCCUUGACUAUUAAAACAUCCUCCCUGGCUGAGGCAGAGAACAUGGCUGACUUAAUAGAUGGCUACUGCAGGCUGCAGGGAUGCUUAGAUACCUCCCUCAUCAUCCGACCCAACAGAGAGAAUGACAAGAGGAUCAGUCUGCCUCAGGUGCCAAUACAGCAUAUAGAAGAAAAAAGAUCCACACUGACAGAGAGCUUCAGCGGAGAUUCUGACAUUUAUGCUGAGAUUCCAGAUGAAGCAUCCAGACCCAAAUCUGGAGCCCAACAGUUUGUGAUUUCUCGAGAAGAUGUUUCCCUGGGCAGGAUCCUGGGAGAAGGUUUCUUUGGAGAAGUCUAUGAAGGUGUCUUCCUCAAUGAGAGUGGAGAGCGGGUUAGUGUUGCUGUGAAAACCUGCAAGAAAGAUUGCACUGCUGAGAACAAGGAGAAGUUCAUGAGUGAAGCAAUGCUCAUGAAAAAGAUGGACCAUCCCCACAUUGUGAAACUUAUUGGCAUCACGGAGGAGGAGCCAACAUGGAUUGUUAUGGAACUCUAUCCUUAUGGAGAGCUGGGACACUACCUCGAGCAGAACAAGGCCAACCUGAAGGUGCAGACCCUUAUCCUGUAUACCUUGCAAAUUUGCAAAGCCAUGGCUUACCUGGAGGCUUUCAACUGUGUGCACAGGGACAUUGCAGUCCGUAAUGUGCUGGUGGCUUUGCCGGAGUGUGUCAAACUAGGAGAUUUUGGUCUUUCCAGAUACAUUGAGGAUGACGAGUAUUACAAAGCAUCAGUGACUCGCCUACCCAUCAAGUGGAUGGCUCCAGAGUCAAUCAACUUUCGCCGUUUCACUUCUGCCAGUGAUGUCUGGAUGUUUGCUGUUUGCAUGUGGGAGAUCCUUAGCUAUGGCAAACAGCCUUUCUUCUGGUUGGAGAACAAAGAUGUCAUUGGCGUACUGGAGAAAGGAGACCGUCUCCCCAAGCCAGAUGCCUGUCCACCUAUCCUUUAUGCUCUGAUGACACGCUGUUGGGAUUAUGACCCCAAUGACAGGCCCAAAUUCAAAGAGUUGGUCUGUAGUUUAAGUGACAUUUACCAGAUGGAGAAGGAGAUAGCACGGGAACAAGAGAAGAAUAAUCGCCGCCGCCCCCCCAAAAUUAUGGAGCCUCCCUCUUUCCAAGAGCCUCCUCCAAAGCCCAGCAGACCAAAGUACAAGCCACCUCCUCAGACCAAUUUACUGGCCCCCAAACUGCAGUUCCAGGUGCCCGAGGGUCUGUGUGCCAGCUCACCAACGCUCACCAGUCCCAUCGAGUACCCAUCACCUGUCAACUCUCUGCAUACCCCACCUCUCAACAGACACAAUGUCUUCAAGCGCCACAGCAUGAGGGAGGAGGAUUUCCUUAGGCCCAGUAGCCGGGAAGAAGCCCAGAAACUGUGGGAGAUGGAACGGGCUAAAAUGCGUCAGCUCCUCGAUAAACAGCAGAAGCAGAUGGUGGAGGACUAUCAGUGGCUUCGGCAGGAGGAAAAAGCUUUGGACCCCAUGGCUUCUGUGAAGAGCAAUUCUAACCCCCCAGUAAGUUUACUCAAUGAGUCACCUUCCCUGGCAUCACUGUCCAACCUCUGCUCUCUAAACUCUUUCAUCGCCUUUAUCUCUUCUGCUGACAAUUUCAAAACCAGAUAAAGUCUGAAAAACAAUCAUAGAAAUUAGCCAGUGACUGAAUCAAGUUAUCAUGGGUAGAAAACGCAACAGAAUAUCCAAACGAAUUCUUUUCACACAAAACAGCCACAGGAUAUUUAUUAUUUUGAUUCAGCAGCAGGGUUUCCUUCUCAGCAUUUCCCUGAUUUAGAAGUGUGUUUCCCCAAAUUAUGAGCACCUAAAUAAAAAUAAUUAUAUUGCACUUUUUCACAGGUCUUACUUUUUCAACUAUUGGACAGUAGGUUGGUGAGAAGGUUGCAGGUC